AUGGGUUGGUUUGGAAGUAGCUCAUCGUCGAAGGUAUCUUCUGUCAGUCAAACUGUUGAAGAACCACAUGCCCAACCUCAACAAUUUCUAGAGGAUUUACCACCAAAAUUUGAAGAUAAUGGAAGUGUUCAGAAACCGCCGGCCUAUUCAGAUGCUCUCAAAGAGUUCAAGUUAUCUGAUUUCUCUAUGUCGCAUUUCGUCAGCAUGCCAUGUUUCAGAGAAGCUAUGAUAACCGGUUUUCAAGCGAUGGGUGUAUUAGGUACCGUGACCUUCUUGAUCCAUAAGAACCCAAAUAAAUCCAUAAACUGGGCUGUCUGUGGUUUUUUUUUGGGUAAUGUAGUUGGAUGGGAACAAUGCCAUUCUAUCAGAAGAAAGUCGUUCCAAGCUAUGGAAAAAGCGAAAGAAGCUAAUCAAAAAAAGAAUGAGAAGAAAUGGGAGGAAAAGCAACAGGAAGAUGACGAAGUAAUGAAAAAAUUUAACGAUAUUCAAGGCCGUAACAAAUGA